GACUUCAGUCAGUAACGCAACACUUGCCGCCCAGUAUUCGAGAUGAAGAAGUCGAAAGCGUACAAGUUGGAGGCCCCCGAUGGCGGCUGGGGCAUCCUCGUCUGCAUCGGCAUGGCCCUUCCCUUUACGAGUGCCCUGGCCGCUUUGCCGUCGUUUGGCCUGGUCUUCGGAGAUUUCCUGAAGGGCAUUGGGGCAGGAACGAGUGCCAUGGCCAUCAUCACGAGCGCCUUCUUCUCGUCGAUGAGCUUCGCCGGACUGUUCUCCGGAUCGCUGUUCCAGCGCUUUGGGAUGCGGCAGGUGGGCCUUACUGGGGGCAUACUGUACUUUUUGGGCACCGGAAUGCAGCUGUUUGCCACCACCACGUGGCACCUAAUGCUGGCCUUCAGCGUGGUUCAGGGAUUCGCCUUUGGACUGAUGGUGCCCACCUGCUACACGACCUUCAACCAUUACUUCGUGAAGAACCGGGUGAUGUGGAUGAGUUUCGCCCAAACGCUGAUUGGAUUGGGAUCCAUGUUGUAUCCGAUUGUGAUGCAGAAGUUGUUGCAGUGGUACGGCUUCCGGGGCUGCCUGCUCAUGCUGACCGGUCUUAAUGCCCAUGCGGUGCUCGGCAUGCUGGUGAUGCAUCCCGUCGAGUGGCACAUGCGUCGUGUGCCCAUUGAAGCCGAGGAGGAGGAGCUGAAGCUGCAGGAGCUGCCGGUGAAGCCAGCGGUGGUGGUUAGAGUACAACCGGAGACGCCUCUGAAGCCCUCCAAGGAGGAGCCCACGUUCCACGCAGAUCCGGUAGCGCGACGCCUCUCCCACGCCGAGGAGCAAAUGCUGAGGGUCCUCUCCAGCCGGGCCUCCAGCAUCACUAGCCUGGGCAACUGGUCGGGACCCGUGGUGGUCAGCGAUGCCUCUCCCCAGAUGAUGCACAGCCUUCAGGCCUCGCGUCGCCAAAGUAUGAUCACCGGUGGAGCAGGUGGUGCAGUUGGGCGAUCUGUGCCCCCGGAAGAGGCGCCAAAGAAGGGCUGGGUGCGCACUGUGGUCGAUUUCCUCGAUCUGACGAUUCUUAAGAAGCCCAUCUACGUGAACAUCGUGCUUGGAAUCACUUUCGCCCUCUACUCCGACAUCACGUUCUUCACCAUGCAGCCGGUGUAUCUUUUCGAAUUGGGCUACAGCAAGCCGGAUACUGCCACCAUUAUAGCCAUCGGAGCAGCUGCAGAUUUAACGUCCCGUAUUUUCUUAGCGAUCACCGCCGUCUGCAUCCAAGUUCCUUCCCGAUAUAUUUACCUGGCCGGAGCGGUUUUAACGGUCUUUGCAAGAUUUGUUUUCAACGGCAUUACAGAGUUUGUGAGCAUGGCCUGCAUUACGGCUGUUAUUGGUUUUCUUCGCACUUGGCUUCACGUCCCAUUGCCUCUCGUUUUUGCUGACUAUUUGUCCAAGGAGAGGUUCGCCACCGGCUAUGGGUUGUUUAUGUUUAUCCAAGGCAAUGGCAUGUUUCUUAUAGGCCCCAUUGUCGGGAUGAUACGUGAUCAGACAAAGGACUAUAUUCUGGUCUUCCACAUCCUCAAUGGCUUCAUGAUCCUGUGCGCUGCUCCUUGGGUUAUAGAAGUCCUUAUCGUACAGUUCCGAAGACGCAAUAAGAUCGAACGCAACAAUGUUGAUCACGAGGAAGUGGAGAACCAAGGACGUAGUGCAAUGGUCCAUUAAAAAACAUUUUAGAACUUUUAGAAAGAAUUCAAGUUUUUUUAAGGUUAAUAUUAAACAAGAGUUUUUAAACGCAAUUAUAGAUAUACAUAUAUGA